AUGAGUUGUCGUGGGAUAACUAGUAAAAUAUUAACUCAAAAGAAGAAAAUCCAUAAAUUGAUCGUCUUUAAUUUAUUAGAGUCGUGUCAAUGUGGUAUCUGUCAUGAAUUCCUCAGUGAACCAAUGAUGAUCUCAUGUGGUCAUAAUUAUUGUUACAAAUGUUUAAAGAACUGGUUUACAAGUAAUGCUACUAGAGAACUAAAUUGUCCAAGUUGUAGAGAACCUGUUGUCAAUGAACCAUGCUUGAACCUCAUGAUCGAACAGACAUUGACAUCGUUGUUCGACAUUCUGAAAGCAAGAAAGAAGAAGAUUUUCAAAGAAGAGAAGGAAAGAAAAGAAUUUGAAGAACUGCUAAGAGAAAGGUUCGACGAUACCUAUUAUUAUAAGAAUGAUAAAGAACAGGGCACAUUAUAUGACAAUGUAUUUAAGAACAGUGCAUUGGCUAUUGCUGAUGUUGAUGAUGAUGGUAUACCGCGAUGUAGUAACUGUCAUUGGGAAUUAGAACCAGAAGAUAUGGAAGAUGAAAAUGUAUGUCCUCAUUGCCACUCAAGAAUAAGGAAUAAUGCAAGUGCCGUAGGAACAAAUAGGUCGAUUAGUUUGAAUAGCAGACCUACAAUGAAUGCUGCUAGAGAUGAUUAUAGUGAAAAUGAAUAUGAGGAAAUAGUGAAUGAUAUUCGUAAUUUUAAUCCGUCUGAUGUAGAAAGUAGUGGGGAAGAAGAUUUUUCUGAUUCUGUAGGUUAUGAUCAUGAGGAUGGUGGAGCUCGUAAUAAUGAUAGUAACGAAGAACAUGAUUCUGAAUUGGACUCCUUCAUUGCAGAUGACGAUGACGAUGAAGAAGACAGAAAUAUUAGCCAAUUGAGUGAUGGUGAAAGAAGCCGAAAUAUAGCUGUUCUGCCGUCUGAUGAAGACCGGGAUAGUGAUUAUUAUGAAAAUAAUGAUUCUGAUGGUUUUGUUAGUGGUGAUAGUCUUGCAGAUUCAAGUAAUUCUGGUAUUUAUGAUGGUUCUAAGAGAACUGCUAUUGACGUGAGUGACGAAGAAGACGAAGACGAAGAAGAGUUAGGCAACAGUGCAAAGAGACAAAGAAAAGUUCAUAUGGUUCUAAGUGAUGACGACUAA